UGAUAACUUACUUAAUAAGUGGACCCGAGGCCAAGGAGCCAAGUCCCUUCUUUUAGAGUAUCUUACUAAGUGCAGUUUGCCUCCAUUGAAUACUGUUUUUACUGAAAAGAAAACGUUUCAGCCAAACUUACAUGGUUUUGGGAAGCACGGAUACUCUAUAUUUCAUAAAAGCACGGUAACUAUAACCCAUUCGAAAGGCACCUUUACUGGUUCUUCUGUUCGUUAUAAUAAAAAAGAAGCAGAAAAAAUUGCUUGUGCUAAAAUUUUAGAUCAACUUGAAAGUGAAGGUCUUGUGAAUCAUCAAGAGUUGAUUUAUAGGAGCGGACAGAUUUUAAAGCAGUCGUUAUCGCCUGCAUGGUUUUCUGAUGCACUCCAAUCCCACGCUAUCAAUCACCACCCAACAACAGUUACUGAUCGUUGGAUUUCGAACCCGAAAAGUUAUCUUCUAGAAUAUUGUAGAAAGUUGAACAUUGAGAUUAAAAAUAAUUCUAAUUUUACUGGCCCCCCUCACUCUCGAAAGUUUGCACACGAGGUUUGUAUGGUGUAUAACGGCGAAAAGCUAGUCGGUUACGGGAUAGCUAAAGGGAAGAAAGAAGCAGAACGAUUGGCUUAUUAUUAUCUCUGCGUGGAGCUUGACAAUUCCCUAUUUGGGGAUGUCAUGUAAAAGUCGGAGAAAAAACUCAUUCAGAGUAUACGUGCACAAAUUCGAAGCGGUCAUUUGAUGAAGAAUGGAAUGAAGUUCAACUUCUUUGCAAACGCCAUCAACUUCCUCUUCCUUCUCUGCGGCUUGACCAUACUCAACAUUUUUUUGUAUGUACUAUUGUAAGUCCUUCCUUUAUAAAUAAUAUAAUUCAAAGUGAAAGUCCAGAUGAGCACGAGGCAAAAUAUAAAUCGUUAAAACUGUGGAAAGACUCACUUCUUCGUCAUUUUUCUGAGCAUUCUGGGGAAGAACUAGACAACUCCGUGGAGCACAGCGGCUAUGGAAAGAUUGUUUCAUUGGAUGUUUCUGCAGACUUCGAAGCUUGUCUCGCUGAAACUUUAGAGUGCUUAAGAGGUUUUAAGGAUCCUUUUUUGUCCAGCAUAUACCGUAGAGAGCCUCACACUUCCGCAAUUCGGGAAGAGUUGGACGCCUCCACUCAGCUUUUUGCCAAAUAUGAAUGUUCUAAUAGAGCGAAAGAAAACCGCGACUACGUGCUUCUGGAUUCUUUGCUCAAGAACAGAAGCAACUCGGGCAUCAAUUUCUUGAGAAGGAAACUUCCUUCAUAUACUAAAAGAGAAGAAAUUCUUGAGAUGAUUGGCGCUCAUCAAUGUUUGGUAAUUACCGGAGAAACCGGUUCGGGGAAAACAACACAAGUUCCUCAAUAUGUACUUGAAGAACUGAUAGAGAACUACAGAGGGAGCCAGGCUCGCAUAGUAGUGACCCAGCCCAGACGGCUAUCCGCCAUUACUGUAGCCGAACGCGUGGCGCAUGAGAGGGGCGAAAGUCUUGGGGAUUCUAUCGGCUAUCAAGUCCGGAUGGACAGUGUGCUUCCAUUUCCCGACGGCUGCAUAACGUUUUGCACGACGGGUGUAUUGUUGAGUCGCUUAUCAGCUACUUCUGAUCUCGCGGGUGUUUCUCACGUUUUUGUUGAUGAGGUCCAUGAGCGGUCUUUAGAAAUCGAUCUCUUAUUGGCCAUGUUGAAAGAGGUUAUGACUAUUCGGCCGGACCUUCGGGUCAUCCUCAUGUCCGCCACAGUGAACCCCGCAGUAUUUUGUCAUUAUUUUAAUUGUCCUUUGCUAGAAAUAAGCGGGAAAUCCUACGCUGUGAAGUCAUACUUUUUGGAAGACUGCUUAAGUUUAUUUUCAAAAUUUGAGCAAAAUUGCGAAUUUUUAGAGUACGUUAAAAAAAUGGAACACUCUAUUGUUACUAAACAAGAAACGAAACUUUCGCCGUAUUACCCUUUGAUCACUAAUUUGAUUGGCUACAUUGUCCUAAAGUUACCACCUGGAGGAAUACUCGUGUUUCUUCCCGGCAUUGAAGAAAUAAACGCUAUGCACACAAAAAUAAAGAACUUGGGCUAUGAAAACGUGGCUAUCGAGUUGCUUCACUCUUCCUUGGGACUAGCCAGUAGGCGCUUUGUUUUUGAGCCUGCGCCGGAAGGCGUUUACAAAGUUAUUCUCUCUACGAAUAUUGCGGAGACGAGUGUUACUAUUCCGGAUGUUGUGUACGUCAUUGACAGCGGGAUGCUUAAGGAAAUGGAAUAUUAUCCGGAAACGUGCAUGCAAAGUUUAACCACAAAGUGGAUUAGCCUAUCAAAUUUUAGACAGCGACGUGGACGAGCUGGGCGUGUUAGGAGUGGUUAUUAUUUUUCAUUAAUUUCCGAGACGUUAUUGCCUUAUUUAUUGGAGUUUCAGACUCCUGAAAUAGUUCGUUCCGAUUUAAUGGGGCUUUGUUUAAAGGCAAAGGCGUUGCAUGUUAGUAACGUGAUUGACUUUAGUAAGAAAUGUAUUCAACCUCCGGAUAUUCAUCUCGUUAACGGUUGUCUUCACCGUUUAAAGCGAUUACAAGCUUUUGAUGAAAGAGAAGAGCUCACUCCUCUGGGCUGGCAACUAUCCAAACUUCCUUUGUCACCAACUUUGGGGAAGGCAUUGAUAUAUGCGUGCUUUUUUCGCUGCAUUGACCCAAUUCUUACAAUUAUAGCCUCGAUGACUUUGCGCGACCCUUUUGAUAUAUCUCCAGAUAGUAAAAAGGAAGUAAGUAAUUCUCGUUUUCUGUUUGGUCAAGCUCAACGAAGCGAUCACUUGACGUUGUUCUUUCUGUUCAACCAGUGGCAGUCCACUCUUCUUCCUGACUCGCUUAUUCAAGAACACGAUUUUAUAAAUAAACAUUGCUUAUCCAAGUCAACAUUAUCGCAAAUAUCGGAACUUCGCUAUUAUUUAUAUAAUGCUCUGGCGGAUGCAGGAUUGGUCGAUAAAUAUCAUUUUACUCGCACUUCUAACGAGCUUAUUGGCGGUCCUCGCUUUAACGAAAAUUCAAGUGACUUGAAUUUAUUAAAAGGACUUUUAGUUAUUGCCAUGUACCCGAAUGUUUCAUAUAGAGUCGGACGCAAAAUGUUCAAGACCAAGCAUGAUCUUCGGAUAAAAAUCCACCCGUCCUCCGUGGUUUAUCGGGACGCGGCUGGCGUUCAAUCUCUCUUUUAUAUGUUUCAAGGCAAAGUAAAAACUUCUGAACCAUUUUUGCGUCAAGUCACAUGUGUAUCGGUUUAUGCGCUUUUGAUUUUUGGCGGAGAAUCUUUAAGAUGGUACUACGAUCCAAUCAUCGACCAGAAAAAAGGAAAUUUUGAUGAACGAAAUUAUUCUCAAGCGACUCAUUGUUCUAUUUAUGAUAACGAUAGCUACGGCGUUUGUGUGUUGGACGAGUGGAUCUACUUGGCUUGUAAAAAAUCUCUUUUUGAAAAUCUUUAUAAUCUUCGCCAGCAUUUUGAAUGGAUACUUUUUCAAAGACUUCGUCAUCUUUACUGGGACUGGGAAAAGUCUAUUGAGUACCGAAAUUUAAUGAAUUGCAUUUUAAAAUUUCUAAGUUUACCACCGCCAUCUAAGCGCAUUGGAAAUAAAAUUGCCAAAUAA